AUGGAUCAACAACCCUCAUCUCUACAUGUCCUAAUCUUUCCCUUACCAGCACAAGGCCACAUAACCUCAAUGUUAAAGUUGACCGAGCUUCUCUUGCCGGCCGGUCUCAACGUCACCUUUCUAAUAUCCGCUAAGGACCACGACAGACUAUCCCGCUUCACCACUAUCAACUCUCGACUCAAUUGCUAUCCUGGUUUUCGGUUCCAUGUCAUCCAUGGACUCUAUGAAGGCCCUUUAGACACCGAUGAAAAGCUAAAAACGAUGUAUGAUCGUUUGACUGAAGUAACUAAACCGUUGCUUAGUAACUUAUUGCUUCAUGACUCUAAGGUUACUUGUUUAAUAGCUGAUGGGAUUUAUGGUUAUUCACUUGAUGCUGCUGAAGGUACCGGAGUUCCCGUUAUUCUUUUCCGGACGUUUAGUGCUUGUGCUUUUUGGGCUUGUUUUUCUCUCCCGGAUCUUAUAAGCUCCGGCGAGCUUCCUUUCCGAGGUACGAACAUGGAUGAACAGAUAGUAAAUAUCAAGGGUAUGGAAGGAUUUCUCCGCCAACGUGAUCUUCCAAAGUUUUGCCGUUUUGGUUUAAAUAACCCGACUAUGCAAACUGUUAUGAAUGCAACACGCCGGACUCCAAGUGCUCAUGGACUCAUUCUCAACACUUUUGAAGACCUUGAAGGUCCGAUUCUCUCUCAGAUACGCGAAUAUUGCCCAAACAUCUAUACCCUAGGACCACUUCAUGCUCACUUGAAAGCACGAUCCGAAUCAAAUUCGACUUUCUCAAAUAGUUUAUUUGAAGAAGAUAAGUCGUGUAUCGAUUGGCUGGAUAAAAAAGAACCAAGAUCCGUGUUAUAUGUGAGUUUUGGAAGUAUAACGAUCAUAACAAGGGAGCAACUUCUUGAGUUUUGGUACGGUCUAGUGAAUAGUGAAAUGCCGUUCUUGUGGGUCCUUAGAGAGGAUAUAAUGUCAAGUUAUGGUGAUAAUAAAGUUCCUUCUGAGUUAGAAGAAGCUUCAAAACAAAGAGGGUAUAUAGUUGGGUGGGCUCCACAAGAAGACGUCUUAGCCCACCCAGCUGUAGGUGCGUUUUUAACACAUAGUGGGUGGAACUCAACCCUGGAAAGUAUAGUUGAAGGAGUACCAAUGGUGAGUUGGCCUUUUUUCGGAGAUCAACAAAUAAAUAGUAGAUUCGUUGAGGCGGUAUGGAAGUUAGGGCUAGACAUGAAGGAUACAUGCGAAAGAGUGAUAGUUGAGAAGACUAUAAAAGAAGUAAUGGAAGUUAGGAAGAAAGAAUUUACGGAUUCCGCAUUUGGUAUGGCGAAAUUAGCAAGGGAAUCCGUGAGAGAGGGCGGGUCUUCUUAUAGUAAUUUGGAUCGUCUUGUUGAGGAUAUUAAGAUAAUGGGCGCUCGAUCGAAAGAAAUUAUAUUGGGUUAA